CGGAAAACACGGUGCGUCCAAGAUGAGUGUGGAAAAGGCGAAGAAGGCUCCCCAGGAUGCCCACCUCCUAUCUACUGAGCAGCCACCUGCCGUCCCGUCGGGGCUCCUGUUACCACCCCUCUGUACGUACCCGACGGUCCCGACGGUCCCGACCGACCCGGCCCCGACGCCGCCCGGCCCGUCCCCGCCAUUGUUUCCGACUCCGGACCCAGUACUGGCCCCGAACCCAGCGGCAUCCACGUGCACCGACUUGAACGACGAGCCCCGACCCCCCCGACCCGUCGCCAUCGACGACAACCCCGCCAUUCACCUCCCCGGCUGGCGAAGAUGGGUCGCCCUUUUCACCGUCUGUUGGAUGACCCUGCCCAUGAACUUCGCCACGUCGUCCAUCCUCGCCGCCGCCCCUGAAGUCGCCGCCGAGUUCUCCAUUCCCGCAACCACCAUCAGCGUCGCCAAUGCGGGCGUCUUCCUCGCCAUGGCUGCCUCGCCGUUGAUCUGGGUACCCGUUGCCCGCCUCUUGGGCCGUCGUCUCGCCUACCUGUCUGCCGCCUGUGUUCUCGGCCUCUGCUCCAUCGGGUCGGCCCUGGCCCCGAACAUGGCCACUUUCACGGCCAUUUGGGUCAUCGGUGGUACUAUCGGUGUUGUGUUUCUGGUCUACGGGCAGACGAUUCUCUCAGAUCUUUUCGAACCAACUAUCCGAGGGACUGCCGUGGGGUUCUUCCUGGGUACCUGUGUGAGCGGCAACGGCAUUGCACCGUUGACUGGCGGCAUUAUCUCAGCGUAUACCAGCUGGCGGGUCAUCUUUGGCGUCCAAGCUGGUAUGACGCUCAUAGGGCUGAUCCUCGGGUGGUUCUUCGUCCCGCACGACAUCGUUGCCGAGAAAGACCAGGAACAGUCCGAGGAGACGGCGAAACGCCUGCUGCGAGUCUUCAGCCCGCUCCCCGUCUUCAGGGUCAUGAGACACCCCAAUAUUCUCUUAGCCAACAUCUCCUGCGGUCUGCUAGCCUUCAACCAGUACGGGAUGCUCAGCUCCAUCCGCCCCGCCAUCAACGAACGGUUCAACUUGACCACGCCACUGACCAGCGGUCUCUUCUACCUGGCGCCCGGUGUCGGGUUUGUCCUCGGCGGCACCAUCGGCGGCAGGAUAUCCGACCAUACCGUCAAGCGGUACAUCAAGAGGCGGAACGGUCUCCGACUACCGCGCGACCGGCUGCGGUCCGGUUUCGCAUCCAUGUUCGUCAUCUUGCCCCUCGGAACGCUGGUGCUGGGCUGGAGCCUUGAACAGCGCCUGGGCGGCAUGGUUCUCCCCGCGGCGAGUGCUUUCGUUGCCGGUGUGGGCCUCAUGUCUUCGUUUAGCGGGCUUAAUACCUUCUCUGCAGAGGUGUUCCCGCAGAGCAAAACGGAGGUCAUCAGCAGCAAGUACUUCGUGCAAUACAUGUUCUCGGCCUCGACCAUAGCGAGUCGCAUGUCGACCAUUCAGACCAUGCGGACUGGUUGGGCCUUUACUUUGACUGCUGCUGUUGGACUACUGGCCGGCGUCAUCGUGGUUUUCAUCACACGAUACGAACCAAAGACUGAGAAGCUGCUGAGAGAGAAUAGAUAAGGGGGAUUCCCGUUCAUGUUUAUUUUGGAAUCAUUGCCGGCAUUGCUUUGGUUUCAUGAAUUGCCACUUUAGAUCCAAAGUCUUAGAGAUAUAGACUAGGCUUAACGAUACCCCCCCUGAAGAAUACCCGGCCUGCAAGGGUAAUGUACGUAGCAGAACAUCAUGCAGUCUUAGACAAUCAUAGGAAUCGGAGGAGUUUACGGGUCACUCCAAUCUAGACAUAGCUCAACCCAGCC